AUGGCGGGCGCCAACAUGACGAAUUGUUCGAUCAAGGAUACGACUUCCUUCGAUGUGGCUAUCUUCAUAAUCUACGUACCAGUGAUGCUGACAAUCGCGAUUUUUGGACUCAUAGGCAAUAUUCUGUGUUACGCCAUCCUCGCCAAAGAAAUGAAGCCAUCAUCUACGUCAGUAUUGCUGAAAUCGCUAGCUUUGGCGGAUUCUUCUGUCCUGGUGACCUACGCUCUGUACUACUCCAUCCCAGCCAUUUAUUCUUCCCAAGUUAUUUUGAAUGAAUAUAUGAAGUUCUUCUACGUUACGAAACAAUAUCUCUGGGCGAUCAUGUGGUUCUGUAAAACAAUGGCAGUCUAUCUAAUCGUGUUUGUCUCGCUGGAACGCUACAUUGCCGUCUGCAAACCGCUGAAGGCUGGAUUCAUCUGCACCAAGAGAAAUGCCCGGAUGUCAAUCAUCUGCCUUGUAAUUCUUUCAGUGGUGUACAACUCACCAAAAACGCUAUAUUAUUACUCUGUUUGGGUCUACGACGAGUGCGUAGGAAAGCUCAGACCUGUUUCGAGACGAUCAGACAUCGUCUUGGAUCCUCACUUUUAUUACAUCUACGUUAUUACGCUGUAUUUUAUCAUCUUGUUCAUCGUGCCCCUAGGGAUUAUGAUAUUCUGCAAUAUUCAACUGAAACGAGCCUUGGGACACGCGACGACAGUCAGAACCAAUACCAUGCGCGCCGGGAAGGCAUCACGGAAGCAACGACAACAGUCCGACUCGAUCACAAUGCGCAUAAUCGCCGUUGUGACUGUCUUUCUCGUGUUGGAGUUCCCUGCGAUCAUCCUAAACGUGCUGUAUGCUAUCAACAAAGAGAUCUCUUUCAUGGAUGCCUCACUGCUCUAUAACAUCCUUCGAGUAUCCUAUGUCCUCUCCACCAUAAACUCCUUCAUUAACUUCUACGUGUACUGUUUGACCGGGUCGAACUUCAGGAGGACUGCUAUCAAAAUGUUCCAGCGCCGAAAGGCGUCGAAGCCGAAAGUCAAAAAUUCACCUAGGGUGUUUUGCUUGAGUUCGGGAAAAGUUCAAAAACCGCUAUAUCCUCCGACCAUCAGUCCGACUUUAAGCCGUUCCGGGGUCUCCACCUCACCGCAAACCUCAGUUGAGGAUCUCUACGUGGAUGUGCAUUUUUAA